AUGAGUCAAUCAUACACCAACGGACAGAAAUCAAAUCAAUAUGGAAGAUAUUCAUCCGUAUCGAAUGAUGAAUACAAUCAUUCACUUAACAAUGCAGCUGCAUUAUCAUUACAAGGAUUUGUAGACGAUAUUCCCUUUCAAAUCAAUAGCAAAUAUCAAACGAUUAUCGUUCCUAAUGUUGAUAUUCCUCAGUAUGCUACAAGUAAAAUUCGUGAUAUUCUUGCUGAACCGAUUGAUUUUACAUUGGAGAAGAAAGUUCUAUUGGAAGCAUUAGAAGAUGUACAACGUAAAAAGAAAGAAAUUGAAGCAGAUACAUUGCGUCAACAGCAAGUAUCAUCACCUUCCACAACAGUCACGACAAAUGUUCAACCAAUCAAUUCUAUCCCAGUUCUCUCCCAUCCACACACGACAACGGUUCCUUUUCCUGUCAAUUAUAUGCCGCCACCUCCACUACCGCAUUUAUCAAAUGCUCAUCCUCCAGUACACAUACCGGUUCCUAUUCAAACGUCCUUCCCAGUAACACCUGCUCCUCUUCCUCUACCAGUGUCAAGUAAGCCUUCUAUAUCUCCUUCGUAUCAUCUGCCAUCGGUACGAGACAUAUACUAUCCUGAUGUUAAUCGACAAGCUUAUACCGUACCGGUGAGCGUUCCAUCAAUCAUACCAUCGAAUACGUUAAGUCUACCAACGCCUAUUCAUUCAACAGACUCUUCACCUAAUUCAGUCAAACAGAACAAUCGGUCAUUUAAUAACUGUGAUUCAACUGCUACGAACGAUUUAACUGCGACAUUCGAUGGCGCAUUGGGUUCAGAUGAUCCAUUUCAUGAUGCUGAACUGAAAUCAUUGAAUGAUGCUGCCGAAUUAAGACAUCUGUAUACGGCAAUUGCGACGGCCAACACGAUUCGACGAUAA